AAUCCGCGAAGAGAUUGCUGUCAACAGAAAGGAAGUCCCUCCUAGUUUUUGAAAUGGUUCCGCCUAUCUGGUCCUGGAGUUUCCUGUAGGCUGGGCAGCCCCUCUGCAAGUGGCGUGUUUGGGGCUAGGAGUGGGGAGGUUCAAAGAGGGAAAGCAGUGGAGCAUCGGACGGGUGUUGUGUGCAUGGCCGGUGUACUUGGAAGAGCGAUCUUUUGAUACACUUCAGAAUAAAAUGUUUGCUUGCUUUCAAUGGCACACAUCACUAUAAACCAAUAUUUGCAGCAGGUACUGGAAUCCAUUGACAACAGAGAGGGAUCAUUUUGUGCAGAAUUAGUGUCAUUUAAACAUCCUCAUGUUGCAAAUCCAAGACUUCAGCUUUCAUCACCAGAAGAAAAAUGUCAACAAGUCCUGGAGCCACCCUAUGAUGAAAUGUUUGCUGCCCACUUAAGAUGUACAUAUGCGGUUGCCAACCAUGACUUUGUAGAAGCUUACAAAUGUCAGACUGUUAUAGUACAAUCUUUCUUAAGAGCCUUUCAAGCCCACAAAGAAGACAACUGGGCUUUACCAAUUAUGUAUGCAGUAGCUCUUGAUCUUCGAAUUUUUGCUAAUAAUGCUGACCAACAGCUGGCAAAGAAAGGGAAAGGCAGAGUUGGUGACAUGUUGGAAAAAGCAGCAGAACUCCUGAUGAGCUGUUUUCGAGUCUGUGCCAGUGACACUCGUGCCAGCAUUGAUGAUUCCAAAAAAUGGGGCAUGUUGUUUUUGGUGAACCAGCUAUUUAAAAUUUAUUUUAAGAUCAACAAGCUUCAUCUGUGCAAACCCCUGAUAAGAGCCAUUGACAGCUCAAAUCUCAAAGAUGAAUACAGCAAAGCACAAAGGGUUACGUAUAAAUAUUACGUUGGACGGAAGGCCAUGUUUGAUAGUGAUUUUAAGCAAGCUGAAGAGUAUCUGUCUUUUGCCUUUGAGCACUGUCAUCGCUCAAGCCAGAAAAAUAAAAGGAUGAUUUUGAUUUAUUUGCUGCCAGUGAAAAUGUUACUAGGACAUAUGCCAAUGAUCCAACUUUUAAACAAAUAUGACCUUAUGCAGUUUGCAGAAGUAACAAAGGCUGUCAGCGAAGGUAACCUUCUUUUACUGAAUGAUGCUCUGGCAAAACAUGAGACAUUCUUCAUCCGGUGCGGCAUCUUCCUCAUCCUCGAGAAGUUGAAGAUCAUCACCUACAGGAAUCUCUUCAAGAAAGUGUAUUUGUUACUCAAAACUCACCAGCUUUCUCUAGAUGCCUUUCUGGUUGCUCUGAAAUUCAUGAAAGUCCAUGAUGUUGAUAUUGAUGAAGUCCAGUGCAUUCUAGCUAACCUUAUAUACAUGGGCCACAUUAAAGGUUAUAUAUCGCACCAGCAUCAGAAGCUUGUUGUCAGCAAGCAAAACCCAUUUCCUCCACUCUCAACUGUCUGUUGAGUCCAGUGUGAUCCAGAUGGAGAACAACAUCGCACACAUGGAUUGCCCUUACUUGCAGUGGCUGUUUUCAAAGGUCGGAACUGGCUGUGUCGUUAGCCUCAAUCUAUCAGAAUGUGCAGUACGAUGCAUAACAGCUCCUUACAGAACAGUAUGAACUUUGUAAAUGAAUUUAAAGUUUUACCUUCUCUUGAUUCUCUUUUGCUGAAUUUCAUAGAGAUGAGUUCUUUGGUAUUAUUUGCAAUUGCUAUAUAUUUAUACUACCACACACAAAUACAUUAUGUAGGAGUAUCUAGAUGUUAAAACUUUUAUGCAUGGGACAGAAAAUAAUAUUCAAUACAAAUCUAUCUAAAAUUG